GGUUCUGCCGUUACGUCACAACUCGACAUUUGGCACUAGCGCACUUCAAAAACAGAUUUGUAACCAUGGACCACAUUUAUAACGCUCAAAUGAAACUAGAAGAAGAGAAUGUAGUUAAUUAAAUUCUCCUAACCUCUAAUCUUUGUUUUGGUUCGGUUGUGUUGCCUAAUCGCCUUUGUGAAAUUAUGUAGGUUUACAAAAAGGGUAACAAAAAUGGAAAACCAGAAUUAUGAAGCUGGAUUAAAAACUCAAGAAGCUAUUAAUAACCUUUACGAAGAAAUAUCUACAUUGCUUCAUCAAUAUGAGACAUCCUACAGGUGCAGAAAAUCUAGAUCUUGGUUGAAAGAUGCUUUGAGUUACAAUAGCCAGCGUACAACAGUCAAUGCCCUUUCAGUCACAUUUGGUCUCUGGACAGCCACAUCUCUUAUUAUAGGAUACUUACUAGAAGGUGACAACCUAGCAGGAUAUGAAGCCAUACCAAUUAUAUUUUUAUUAUUAGUAAAUGUCACAUUGGAAAUUUAUGAUAAUAAAUUCAGACACCAAGAAAUACCAAAUCGGGUCAGAUCAGUUUUAGAAAAUUUAAAAAAGGAACAGAAAAAUUUGGUUUGGACUACUGAACAUUAUGCUGACCAGUAUUCGCCUUUUUCGCCCUGCAUUACAUUACAGUGGACCUACCGAGAUGGCAAAAUUGUUAAUUUGCCUUGGGCAUUGCUGGUUAAAGGAGAUAUUAUUGUUGUUAAACCAGGUCAAACUUGUCCAGGUUACUGUGAAGCAUUAGACAAAACUACCGAAAUACCUUUAUUGCACGCAAAAGAAAUAUAUGCACCUACAUUACAAAAUGCUAACGAAGUUUUUAGUACUCCAAAGUACAGAAAGCCCUUAGAGCCAAAGAAAUAUCGACUUCUGGAAACUCCAUACUUGAACAAUUUAAAGAUUUUUCUAGAACAAGCUCUAGAUAGACCGGUGUCGCAGUUGAAUCAACAAAGGCAUUUAGUAACUAUAAAAAUUGUAGAACAAAUGAUUUUACCAUUUACUUUCGUUUUAGUAAUCGUAAUUAAUUUAUUUCGAUACUUCUAUUUCCAUAAGUAUCUUGGAAGAUAUUUGGUAUCAAAUACUUUAUUUAUUGUGCCAUGUAAUGUGAUUCUGCCUUUACUUCCUAUGAUAUUUCCUCUAUUCUGGAAUUUGUCAAAUUAUUUCGGAGCAGCCAGAAUCAAAACCGUUUUUGAUGCCUCCACUAAAUGCGAUUAUACAGUUAACGAAUUGGAAGAAGAUGCUGAUUUGAUGCCAGUCGAAGACAGCAAAUUAAAAAUUAGUAGAAAAGAUAUUUUAUUGAAUUUUUGGAAAAUUUUGAAAGGACAACCAGAAAUUCUCACAAGGUCUACUAAUAUUUUACAUGUGUUUGGAUCAGUUACUGCAUUGGGUUGUAUUGAUAAAAAGGGAGUUCUAUCUUGGCCAAACCCCACAGCAGAAAAAAUAUUUUUUCUUCACAAUCAUAAUGAUUCACGUUCAUCAAGUUUGGACAAUGUAAAUGAUCUAUCAAGCGACAUAGAUUCAAUGUUCCCAAAUUUUCAACCGGAGAGUCCCAAAAGUGCAGUGACUGAAGUACUUGAUCUCACACAUCACAAUAAUGAUCCUUUUAAACUGCAUUUUGACGACCAGGAAUGGAAUAAAUAUUUAUCUAACCUCAAACCCCUCGGUUUGGCUAUUUUAUUAAAUACGUGCAAUAUAAAUACAAAGGAACAUUAUACCACGUUUUGUUCACACAUCACCUGCGAGGCAAUAUAUAAUGAAAACUUGGUGCCAGUUACUAAUAGAAGAUGUCUGUGUGAAUUAGCCAAAGAAAUAGGUUUUGUAGACGAAGCACAAAAAAUUUUUACUCUCGAAGAACAGUUGUCUUCAUUUCGACAUUUGCAACCCGAAAUGGUGAGGCGAGAUAAUAAGUAUGCACGAUCUUUACAACUGUCAACUAAAUUAAAAUUCCCCUUUCCUCAUAUGUUUGCUGUUAUUGUUCAAGAAUUGUCUACAGGGAAUAUGCAAUUACUUUCCGAAGGAACAGCCGAUAUAAUUUUGGAUUCUUGCAUCGACUAUUGGGAUGGACAUGAUUUAAUUCCAUUGUCGAAUACUGACAGAAAGAGAAUACAAGACUUUUAUCAGAGAAGCAGUCUGACCGCCUAUUGCACUGCGUUUGCUUAUAGGCCACUUACCAAAAACAUUAAUUCUAAUUUAAGUGAAGUAUAUUUAGAACUUCCUAGCGAUUCGAGGCAUUUAUACUUGAGCCAAAGAAGUCCAACUCCAGUUCAUUGGGAUGUCAAAAGUGUCCUGGAUCCUAAAAUAAAAUCGUCACACUUUUACAGUGCAGAUUCUUUACUUUAUAACGAAUGUCCCACUGAGAAUGUGAAUGACGCAGAAAGCUGCUUUCGGAUACAAUGUAAUCAAAUAUUCAUCGGAAUGAUUACUAUGCAGUACCAAGCUUUAAUAGAUAUGGUUCAGUUAAUAGAGCAAUUGGAGAGAGCAUGUAUAAGAUUCGUUCAUUUUAGUAAAGAAAACGAACUUCGGUCUAGAGUAUUUAGUGAAAAGAUGGGUCUUGAAAGUGGAUGGAAUUGUCAUAUUUCGUUAUUAAGCGAAAGAAACAGAGGGGAAACUGGCGGACAAGCUGAAUGUAAUUCUAGUCCCCCUCAAAGACAAAGAUGUACGGCACAAGGAGCGAGAAGGAUUCCGAAUUCGCCGCAUAUCGAUGACAAAUCGUUCUUAAUCGAUAGUAACCUUGAAUCGUCCAGAACCAUGAGCUUUUCUGCGCCAGGUGCCAUCAAUAUGGAAUUCACAACAGUAAAAUUUGAAAAGGAAGUGGAGAAAUUCAAUAUUGAACGAAAACAGAGCGAACCGAAUGAGGAAGAUAUUGAUGAGGCUAGUCAAGAAAGUAUUCUUCUGCAAGCUGAUAGUAAUGCUCAUGAAUGGCAGUCGCUGAGCAAUCUUACCGAGAGUACCGAACACAGCGCACCCAUUAAUUUUGAUAUGAGCAAUAGGGCAAAAUUGCCAAGAGGAAUUGAUAAAAUUAGACCGCAUAUUGAACUAAUUGACAAUGUUCCUCUUUUAGUGUCUCUUUUUACUGACUGUACUCCAGACGUAACUAGGGAAAUGCUACAAAUUAUGCAAGACUACCAAGAGGUUGUGUGUAUAAUGGGUUCGGCUGAAAACUGUGAUAAUGCUGGUGUUUUCAUGCAAGCAGAUGCCAGCAUUUCAGUUGAACCACUGUAUCCCCAAGUGUGCAAAAAAAUACAACCUUUUAAGAGGCCAACCAACUGUUUAGGUCCUAUUGACAUUUCGGUACAGCUGAAUUCGAUACCAUGUUCGUUAUCGAUUCGUAGAGAUUGCACACUUCCCGUUUAUAGAUUGAUAAUGGAAUCGAGAAAUUUCGUGGCCUCAAUUUGGAAUUCAGGUCAAUUUUGGUUGUGCUGUUGUAUAGCUUUAAGCUUACUACAAGUAGUUUCGACAAUACUGAUGUUGCCGGGUUUACUUACGACAGGACAGGUUCUAUGGUUUUCGUGUUUGGUUGUACCAUUAAUAAGUAUUUCUUUGAUGGCGAAACCGAUUGAUAAAGAUGUCAUGAAGAAACCUCAGGGAAAAAACCAAAAUUUAACAAAUUGGCAUGCAGCAGUAUUUAUCCUGUGGUGUUAUGGGUCGAAAUUUGUGUUGACGUUUAUAGUCGUUUUAAUUUGUUAUAUCGGCAUCUUAACUAGUCAUUGUGAUCAAAUAUGCACCGUUUUGCCUAACUGUACUUGUGCAUUUUUCUAUAACCCCGUUAUACUGACAGAAACCGUGUCAAUGGGAGGGUGGGAUGAAAAUGAGUGGACUCUUCUGGUAGCUAGAUUAAUAAUAAGUUUUAUUAUUUUAUUGCACUUUGUUGUGAUCUCUGUUGGUUUUAUUCAUCGCGACCAUUUGUUUUUCCAAAAAUCUCCUCACAGAAAUUCCUAUUGGUUAAUUGCCGUUUUUAUACUGAUAUCGGUUCAGUCGCUUUAUACAGUUUUGAUAUUCAACAAUUUUAAAGAGUCUCAGAGAAGGAACAUUGAAUUUGACAUACCUCUUUGGGUCAUUAUUUUCGGAGCCAUUUCUCCAUUAGCAGUAUUUAUUAUUAACGAAUUGGUUAAAAGACAAGAAAUCAUGGUAAAGGAACGAUUUUUAAAAAGAGCUCGUCUGGACUUUGGUACAAAAUUAGGAAUGAAUUCGCCAUUUUAGACAGUCCUAAAUUUUAAUGUCUAAAUAUCUACAAGUAAUAGAUCUAUUUUUCUAUAACAUUUGUGUGUCAUAGUAUCAAAUAGUUAAAACAGUGGGACAAAUAAAGAAACCCAAAUAUAUCACUUAAAAAUGCUGCCAUUUUAAUUAUUUUUCAAUAAUGAUGAAAAUUCAAAUUUAUUUAUGAAAAUGUGACUUGAAAAUUACUGCCCGAUGAAAUAGUCACUAAGAAAAAUGUACAAUAAACCAAUAAAAUUUAAAAAUCAAAUUAUAGACAAAUAACUGGUCUCCAUAAUUUUUUUAUCAUAAUUUGAUGUAAUUUUUAGGUCUAUGUCAAAAUUAAUAGUAUUCAAAAUUUAGUGAAAGUGUAAGUAAUAAUAAUAAUUGUAUUUUUAUGUAUUCAUAAAGGCUUCCCCAAACCAACGCGAAAAUUCCGCGACAAACCUACAUGUUCAAAAUAACGCGAAUUUUAUGGCUAUUGUAUUGACUAAUUCGCUGCGAAUCCGCGAAUUCGCGUUGGUCUGGGGGAAGCUUAACUGGUAGGAAUGUUUAAGUGUUAGUAUUAAUAUAUAAUAACGUUCUUUGGCCAGUUUUGACAAUAUUUUAGUUUCAUUAUUAUGACAAAAAUGUGACUUCGCCCCUUCAAAUUUCAAUUAUUUUUAUGGAAAUGUGAGUUUCUGAGAAAAUCAGUGCUUCUGAGUUUUGAUGAAUAUGCAAAAUUAUCUUGUUUAGUAUUCUGCACCUUACUUUAUAAAAGAAUUCCAACGGAAUUAAAUCAGGAAAUCUUGAUGACCUUUUUGCGGUUUCUCGGAAAAUUGCUAAUCUAAAUAAUGUAUCGACAGUAGAAACGUUUUUCAAUAAAUAUUGUUUUCAUUUAAUAUUGUUUUUUAUUCAAAUAUCAAUUUCAUCUCAAAAUUAAAUAGUAAGUUUUGAGCAUUUUAAAAUGAGGUAUCACUUAACAAUUAUAUUAGAAAACAAAGUAAUAGCUGCAAUUUGGAGGUGUUAGAAGGCAUUAAUCUCUGUAUUAAAAUAAUUCUGAUUGAAAACUGUUGUUAAUUUAAAGGUACUGCUAAUGUGUUCAUUUUACCAUAAAACGUCAUAUUUAUAACAUAAACUUGAUAACCAAAAUGAUUCAUAGUUUUAUUUGGAGUAAGUUUUGACUAUAUGGACUACCCCUGCAAGUACUAGACAAAUUUGUAUUUGUACAUUAAUAUUUUUCGGUCCUAUGGUUGUCUACACCUACUUUACUUUUUAAUCUAUAUGUAAAAUUGUUUGUCCUGACUGAUUGACUGACCUAUCAGCGUACAGUCAAAACUACUGAGCCUAGAAAGUUGAAAUUUGGAACAUAGGUUUAUUUUAUAACGUAAGCAUCCGCUAAGAAUGGAUUUUUGGAAAUUUUAACUUUAAAGGGGGGAAAUGGGGGGAGGGAGCUUUUAAUGAAACUCUUUGUUCUUUAAAGUUAGAAACAUGAAAAUUUAAAUUACAGCUACUAAGCAUAAAUAAAUAAUGACGUGUUUCA